CUGGGCAAAAAGUUCCACCGCCCGGGUCUGGUAACUGGCGGGAUAUCAAAGACUGGCACACGGGGCAGGACUCCGGGCAGAGCCCAUCGGGCUGGACUCCGGGCAGAGGCCCAUCGGGCUGGACUCCGGGCAGAGGCCCAUCGGGCUGGACUCCGGGCAGAGGCCCAUCGGGCUGGACUCCGGGCAGAGGCCCAUCGGGCUGGGACUCCGGGCAGAGGCACAUCUGGAGAUUACCAGGUGAAGCAGCAGGCAUCGGGCCCCCAGGCGGGGCGACAGGCAUCGGGCCCCCAGGCGGAGCGGCGGGCCCGGGCCCCCCGGCGGGGCGGCGGGCAUCGGGACCCCCGGCGGGGUGACGGGCAUCGGGACCCCAGGCGGGGCGACGGGCAUCGGGCCCCCAGGAGGAGCGGCGGGCGCCGGACCCCCUGGCGGAGCGACAGGCCCCCAGGCGGAGCGGCGGGCGCCGGACCCCCAGGCGGAGCAACAGGUCUCGGGCCCCCAGGCGGAGCGGCGGGCACCGAG